GCUAAAUUUGAAAUCGAACCUUCAAAGCCCAUUUCACAUUUAGACAGCUUUCUCGUUUUCUUCCCAGCUCCAACGCUUCUCAAGUCCUCUAUCUUGUUAGCGCUCACAAGGUAGUGCACAAGGAAGUGGAAGUUUCAGCUGAUUCUUCCCUUCAUAAAGUUCAGCAAUGGGAAGAAGUCUCAGUCCAGUGAUACGGCGAGAGCUUGCAAACCUCGACAAAGAUGCGGACAGCCGCAAGUGUGCAAUGAAAGCACUAAAGUCAUACGUUAAGGAUUUGGAUUUUAAGACUAUUCCUAUCUUCCUCGCCCAGGUUUCUGAAACCAAGGAUACUGGCUCAUUAUCUGGAGAAUUCACAAUUUCACUCUAUGAAGUUCUUGCUCGAGUUCAUGGUGUCAAAAUUGUUCCCAUGAUAGACAGCAUAAUGGCAUCCAUAAUUCAAACCUUAGCUUCAAGUGCAGGGUCUUUCCCACUUCAUCAGGCUUGCUCAAAGGUGGUUCCAGCUAUUGCAAGAUAUGGAAUUGACCCCACAACCCCAGAAGACAAAAAGCGGCAUAUAAUUCAUUCCCUAUGCAAGCCACUUUCUGAUUCUCUUACUAGUUCUCAAGAGAGCCUAGCUUCAGGAGCAGCCCUUUGCUUAAAGGCUCUUGUGGAUUCAGAUAACUGGAAGUUUGCUUCAGAUGAUGUGGUCAACAGGGUCUGCCUGAAUGUUGCUGUAGCUUUAGAGGGGAGGUCCACCCAGAAUAACUCACACUUGGGUUUGGUAAUGGCUUUGGUUAAACGCAAUGCUUUGAUUGUUGAAGCAUAUGCUAGACUGCUCAUACAAUCUGGAUUGAGGAUAUUGAAUGCUGGGUCUAUGGAGGGGAAUUCUCAGAAGAGAUUGUCGGCCAUUCAAAUGGUAAACUUCAUGAUGAAAUGUCUAGACCCCCGAAGCAUAUUCUCAGAACUUGAGUUGAUAAUUCAGGAGAUGGAGAAAUGCCAGUCUGAUAAAAUGGCAUAUGUGAAAGGUGCUGCAUUUGAAGCUUUGCAAACUGCCAAGAGAAUUGCAGCUGACAAAAAAUCAAGAUAUAUUAAAAGUCCUGGUUCAGUGACUGGCUCAAAUUUUAGCAAGGGAGAUCACAAUGAAGGGGAAAACUUUUCUGGUGAAGGGGAGAAUUCUCCUACAUCUAUUUCACCUGAAUCACGGACUCUGGACUUCUUUCCGGGAUAUGAAUCAGUGACUGAGUCUCCUAUUGCAAUGAGCCAAGCAUCUCAGACUUCAAACUUUGAGCGUCGAAGUGUAAAUAGGAAGCUUUGGAGCCAGGAAAAUGGAGGAGUUGACGUGUCUCUCAAGGAUGGCCUGUUUUCAGAAGUUGUGAGGAGAAAUGAUAUCUCAAAGAAAUGGUUAGAGAACUCUGCGAAUCAUGAUGUUUUGGAUGGGACAGAUUCAACGGAGGAGUUUGCUGGAUUCAUGCAUCAGAACCCUCGGUUUGGAGUGUCCAGAAGCACCACCACAAGUCCCCUGAGGUCUCGAGCACAGGUUAAUGUAGACAAUAUCAAAAUCUUCAAGACUCCUAGAAAGCUCAUCCAGUCUCUUCAAGACCCUUUCGAUGUGAAUUCUGAUAGCUCUGAGAAACAAAACAGUAACAGACGGUUUAGGAGUUCAUCCUCAGGCAAUAUUCAGUGGAGUCCAACAUCUGGAUGUGAUCAGAAUGGUUUCUUACAUGAAAAUAGUGAUUCUAAAGAGAAUGAAAGCUUAUUAUAUGAUGUUGGUGAUAAUGAUGAUGCACAGAUACAACAUGGUCAGGAGUCAGUCUCAAUACCAGAUGAGCUUUCUGGUGAAGUUGACAUGCAGAUGCAUCCUGAGGCAGUUCCCACGAGUAAAAAUAAUACUCAGAGAAUUGGUAUGGAAAAGACACUGCGAAGGGCAGCGUUGAAACUGGUUUGUGGUCUUUCUUUCGCUCUACUUGCAGUGGCUACUCCUCUUGUAUGGAUCAACGGUCAGGACGAAGGCCAUUAUCUUGUCCCUACAUAACUUGCACUUUCUGAUGUGCGUGUAGAAGAUUAUGAUGUCUGUUAUAAAUUAUCGAAACAUCUUUUUAGAGCAUCACAGGCAUCAUUCUUUGUAGGUAUUAUUAGUUAGUUCCAAGUAGAUGUUGAGUUGUUGUGUCCCAGUAAGAUCCACGUUCAAUCUGGCCUUUGUUGUGAAGAGCCUUGGGAACGUAAGAGCUGAUCUUGACACAACCAGUGAAUCGCUCAUGGUGCUCAGUGCAGUCAAUUCAGGGCUAAUGUUGUACUUUUAGAACGAGAUUAGAUGUCAGUUAUUUCGAAUAAUUGAAAAAGUUUAGAAAUGUCUUUUUAAAAGUUUUAUCUCGUUACUUCCC